AUGGAUCUGUUGGAGACGCGUUCUUUGAAAAGUGCCUCAAGACCGAAGCUGGUCUUUGCGGGUGACGUUGUUGGUUACGAUAGUAUCAUGGGCAUGAUGCCAUACGACCGGACCUUCCGACUGCAUCGCAAGCUCACAGCUACCCAAGUCAGUGGCAAGUCUAUUGGUAGAUUUGAGCCUAUCCAGGAACUCGAGAUAUCCCGACUGCUGAAGCGCAUCUACAACGACCACAACAGUGACAACCUGCCAGAACAUCUUAACCAAGUAUCAGGAUCCAUCAUGCUCCGCAUUCUCUACAAUUACGAGACCGACCCCAAUAAAAACGACCAUAUCGUCUCCAUGGCCAACACAGUCAUGGAAGAGUUCUCGAAAGCGACAAGCCCAGGUGCUUGGGCAGUGGACUUAGUACCAUGGCUCAAGUACCUUCCAGAGUGGAUACCCGGCGCAGGCUUCAAAAAGACAGCCAAGGUCUUCCGGGACCAUCUACUACAAAAUGUCAAGGAUCCUUACAAUUACGUGAGAGAUCAGAUGGCCCGCGGCAAUGAUCAUGUCUCGUACGUUGCCGGUUUGGUUGAAGACAUCCAUCGCAAGAUCGAUCCUGAAGAGGAGAGUGUCAUCCAGUGGACGGCGGCUUCUAUGAUGAACGCUGGCACGGAUACAACUGGCGCCACGCUACUGUCCUUCUUUGCCGCCAUGGUGAUCUACCCUGACGUACAAAAGCGAGCACAGGAAGAGAUCGACCGCGUUGUUGGGCAUUCCCGCCUCCCUUCCUUCGCCGACAAAGCCAACCUUCCUUAUAUCAACUCGAUCGCCCAAGAAGCACUACGCUGGCACACACUCGCACCUAUGGGUUUCCCACACAUGACUACAGAAAACGACAUCUACAAAGGUUACUUUAUCCCUAAGAACAUUCUUUUGUUUCCCGCAGUAGCCUCCGUCACGCAUGACCCCGAUGUAUAUCACGACCCAAUGGCUUUCAAACCUGAACGGUACUCCGAGCCGUACAGCGAGCCUUCGCCGGCUGAUGUAGUGUUUGGAUUUGGGCGUAGAGCUUGCCCGGGGAAGUGGAUUGCCGAACAGACGAUGUUUUUGAUUAUUGCACAGACUUUGGCUACUUUUAAUAUCGAGAAGGAUCUUGAUAAGGAUGGGAGAGAGAUAGACGUGGUAUAUGAGCAGUUGCCAGGAGUUAUUUCCAGGGUGAAGCCUUUUCCGCAUAGGAUUGUACUUAGGAGUGAAGGUCAUAGAAGAUUUGUUGAAUGA